GAAACAUUUUAAAAGACAUGUCAUCCGAACCUUGGCACCAGUUUUGUGGACAUGGAGAGAAUUUUUCCACCUGGAAGAAUGGAGACUUCAGCCAUUGUUUCGAGCAAAUUGUUGUUGUGUGUCCUAGUUACAUAAUUCUGGCCAUUACAAGUUCAUUUUAUAUUGCUUCAAGCCAGAGUUCUUUCCGUUGGGUAUACAAGUACUUGCCAUUACCAUGGUAUGUCAUAUUAAGACUUGUGGUGACGAUUCUGCUUACCUUUACAGCAGUUUUCAUACCGAUUGAUACAAAAUAUCUGAACAAAUUUGAAGUGAGCUAUUCAGAUAUAGUAACAACGUGUACAGUGUCAUUUUCAUGGCUAUUGCAUUGUUUUUAUGUUUAUCGGUUAAAGUAUCUUGAUUGGUCGAGCUGGCGUGGAUCUAAACCAAUGAUUGUUAUGAUGAUACUACCAUGUGUCUCUACAGCAGCACAGCUGCAUACAAAUAUUCUUCAAAGAUUAAAUAAAUCCCAAUUGCAAAAUUCAGUGGAAGAAUAUAGUGUUUAUGUGUCCACAUUUCUUCUGUUUUGCUACUUUUUGACAUUAGUGCCAGGAUCAGAACGGGUGAUCGUUGAAGAAAAUGAUGUGUAUUAUCGGGCUAUUAAUGAAAGUUUUGAAGCUAGAAGCCCCUUAUUAAGUCAACCUGGCACUAAUUAUAGGAGCAUUUCACAAACAAGAGAAGCAACUAAAGUAGCUGAAAAAAAUGUGAAUUGUCUUUCUUGGCUAACGUUCCACUGGGUGCAACAUAUUCUGGCUAAAGGCGCCAGAAGGUCGUUACAGGGUGCGAGUGAUGUCUUUAUGUUGCCGGUGAGGCUUAGUACUGGACUGUUGUUCAUGAAAUUCACAACCAUACUAACCGGAAAGUGUGACAGAAAACUAAGUUAUAAAUUAAAUCGCUCUCUAAGCUCCAACAUAUCGUUGAGUUCAAACAGUGUAAGCACGGUACCAGAUGUAGCAUUUUCAAGACAACAUGCGCCCAGAACUGUGCCUUUAGAACACGGAGAAAGUAAAAUAGAACACGGAGAAAGUAAAAUAACACUUUUCAAAGCUCUUAAUAAAGCAUUUGGGUGGGAAUAUUACCUUCUUGGAAUUCUCAAACUUCUGGCAGAUAUAUUUGGUUUUGCUGGACCAAUCUUACUUAACCUGCUUGUUACAUACAUGGAAUCAAAUACCGAGCCUGCAUCCCAUGGCUACUGGUAUGCUGUGGGGCUGUUUGCGGCCACUUUGCUGGGAUCAGUCUGUUCUACUCAGUUUGACUACAACUGCAGUGUCAUAGGCUUGAAAAUCAGAGCUGCAAUUAUAACAACCAUCUACCGAAAGUCUCUCUCUGUAAGCAAUGUGAGUGCAGGUAAAUUCUCGAGCGGACAAAUCACCAACUUAAUGAGCACAGAUACAGACCGGAUUGUGAACUUUUGUCCCAGUUUUCUCGCAUUUUGGAGCCCUCCCUUUCAGAUAGCAGUGUCUCUCUAUCUCCUUCAUCAACAGGUGGGUGUGUCAUUCCUUGCUGGUUUGGCCUUUGCAAUCCUCCUGAUUCCUAUCAACCGCUGGCUCGCCAUCAAGAUUGGUCAGUUGAGUAAGGCCAUGAUGGAGCAGAAAGAUAACAGAGUCAAGGUAAUGAAUGAAAUUCUAUUUGGUAUUUGAGUGGUGAAGUUCUACGCGUGGGAGGAUCACUUUGAGUCCAAGAUCAGACGUCUCAGAGACGCCGAGUUGAAGAGUUUGACUGGCAGGAAGUACCUGGAUGCCAUGUGUGUG